AUGAAACUCCCCUACCUCCUCCCAAUACUGGAAUUAGUCGCCCUGAGCGACACUAAGAAGAUCAAAGAGUUCAUCGAAUCCCCAAGCGAGGGCCCUGAUCUGUUAGAGUACAAACUCACCGCGACUCUUCCCAUCACCUCUUUCCCGCCUCCAUAUGCAUGGCCUGACUACGCGCCAAGCUUAACCAUCUACCUCCAUGCGCCGCAGGACUGGGCUUUCUCAAAUGUGUCGAACACUGUGCCAAUAGCGCCGGUUCUUGAUACUGGUUCGAAUGGCCUAAUGUUGGACGCUCUGGAUUUGAACAUUACCAAUGCGACACUGGCGGGUUAUGAGCCUGGAUACCAGUAUCUCUCGUCAUCAACAAGAUUAUACCGCGGCGCGUGGGUCCCAUUCAGACUUGAGUUUGCUGAUCCAUCCGGCGAACUUGUCAAUGUCUCGGCAGAGGUCCCUGUGCUCAUCGUGAACGAGACGCUUCAGUGCUCAGGGUACGACACCAAAUGGAAAGGAGAUUGCCCUGAAGAGAACACGAGCAACCAUAAUUUGAACCCGCGCGGUACACAAUGGUGGGGUAUCGGCUUCGGUCGCGAAGCAGACGGACAGUCACAAGGAACACCGGACAAGAAUGCGCUGUUGAACAUAAAAAGCAUCAACGGCGUGAAUGUCUCUGCUUCAAACAGCUACAGAGCGGGAUACAGCUUACGAAAGGAUGGCGUGGUCAUCGGUUUAACAGAGGAAAACACACAAGACUAUACCUGGAUGAAGCUGGAGAAGCAAAAGGGCUUCUCUAAAGACCCUCGCGAUUGGAGAAACGUCACCGGCUGCGUGAGCAUCGACGGCGGAACCUGCCGAUUAUCGAAUAUUCUCGUUGAUACAGGCGUUACCCUAUCCUAUCUUUCCACCGCUGAUAAAGAAGUCCGCUUGGUUCCAUCAAACAGUACCUCCAGAGCAAAGAUCUUGGCGGCGGGCCAGAAUGUGCUGGUUCGUUUUGGGAUAGAGCCUGGAUAUGCAGGGACCCAAUACAAUUUCACCACUGGAAGCAACAGUAGUUGGGAGCCAGACGAAGUGAGGACAAAGUUGGUGAAUUAUGGCAGAGAAGAGAAGAUUAAUACGGGAGUUCACUUCUAUCACGAGUGGGAGACUCUCUUUGAUGCAGACGGCGGUUAUUUUGGAGUCAAGUAUGUUGGGCUAUAA